CCAUAAAAGGAUGGAUAUAGGUUUAAUUUGCAAUAGCUGUAGGACAGUAGAAAUUGUGCAGUGUAAUCCAAGAAAUAAAGUCUGCGAUUCGGGAAGGUGCAAAUUUCACAUGGACCAAAAUACGAAGAUAUUAAUCCCAACAAGGCCAUGCCCAAAAAACAUUUGUGAUACGCUCCGUGAUGUCAUAGAACAGAAACACAGAUUUGGGAAACCAUCAUGGAAGAAUACUGAUGCAAGGAAAUGGUGUGUAAACGCGUGGGAUAUUGCCAAGUGCUUUAUGCCCCCAGAUGGCUACGCAGAUGUGGACAAUGAGGACGAUACUGACUUAAACGGGAUAAUUAGUGUCUACAUCAACUGUAAAGAAUUUCAACAGUAAUUUACCGCUGACCUAUCCCUUCAACGCAAUCUUUGCACCAAGGUCCGAGAUGUUGGGAAGCAUGUCCGCCAUGCCCCGAAACCGGAAGUUACUGACGAUAACUUGAAAGUCUGGUUUACAGACCUGAAGGCCUUAUUAUCUGACCCAACAUUUCACAAAGCAAAUCCCCGUGCGCAAGAUGCCAUAGACCAGCUUGAUAAGCUGGAGAGUGACGACUGUGUGAUUCCACCUUCAGACAUCAAAGCAGCACUUGAAGGGCUAGAGAGGAAAGCGAUUGACCUUGUUGACGUGCUUCAGAGGAAAACAGAUGAAGGCGUCCUUGCUUUACAAACGGCUGAAAAUAUAGCCACUCAAAACAUAAAAUCGUUGAAUGAAAGUGAUCAGUCCUUAUUUAAAUCAGAUCUGAAGAAAGGUCUCAUCGUAUAUCAUGGCACAAAUAACUGCUCGCUACCGCUUGGUCAUUGCUUAGAUCUGGAAGAUUCAGGACUUGAGGACCUCUAUUUAUGGCCAAACAUUAGUAGGGUUAUUCUUCAGUCGAUUCAUAAAGACAAGACAUCAAUAGAACAGAUUACAGAACCUCUUUCGAAUUUGGAACAGUUGUUCAGUUCGAAAGGUAUCAUAUUUCUCACCGCAGACGCUGGUGUUGGAAAGACAUCAUUUUGUAAGUUUUUAGUUUUAUCGUGGUGUAAGGUUCAAGAGGGAACGACCGAUCUGAAAUCAACGGUUAGUGGCACCCAAAACGUUUCUAGCAUUAUUGAGUAUUUGAAGGAAUUUACUUAUUUGUUUUACAUCAAUUUAUGUGAAAACCAACGCGCUAAAUUAGAGGAUAUCAUUUUCUCGCAUACGGAAUCUGUUGACACAAAGUUAACGCGGGAUAAUAAAGCCUUUGAUAAUAUAUUGUCGAAAGAAAACGGUUUGUUCAUUUUAGACGGCUUAGAUGAAUGUAAAAUUCCCUUGAUAAUGUCUAUGCCUGUAAAUAGAAAGUAUACUGUUCUCAUUACAUCACGUCCUUGGAAACUUGCAAACAUAAGUAUGCCAAGAAAAUAUACACAUGCACAAAUUGAGGUUAUGAAACAAGAUUUGUCCGAACAACUUGUGAAUCUUGCGAACGGAUGUUUGAACAAGCAUUUCAAGACAUCAUAUGAUACAGAUGAUUUCUUAGACGCUGUCAAAACUCAAUGUUUAGAAUCUCAGCUCGAAAAUCCAAUGUUUGCGCUGCAGUUGUUAUGUAUCUAUCACGAUAAACGCAGUGAGAAUAAAACAUGUUCGGUCAAUGCAACCGUUCACAGAUUAUGUUCAGAUUCCGGUACAACGUUAGUACCUCGUCAGACCGAACUGACAUGCCUUGGUAAGACAAGGUCGCAUGUAUACGCAAAUAUGAUAGAACGGAUGUUACGUAGUACCGAAAAGAAGGAGGAAUCACUCGUACAAGAUCUCAGUGAGUAUUACAAGAACAAUGGUCAACCACAUGCACUUCCCGAAUGUUUUGAUGAAAGAAAUUACGCAUGCUGUGGUUUAGCAAAACUAAUUUACGCUAUUGGAAAACUGGCUGCCUAUUCACUCUUAGGCGAUAAUAAAUCUUUAAUGGAAGAACACCAAAUAAGGGAACUUAGGAAAGAUGAAACGACGUUACUUCUCAAAUCUGGACUUCUUUCGAAAACAAGCUUGAAAACUAUAUCAGGAGAGAGCAAUGUGUACACAUUUUUACAUCAGACUUAUAAGGAGAUGCUUGCAUGUGUGUUUCUAUCUUCGCAAGGGUUUGAUAGUGAUAUUUGGAGAAAAUUCAAAGAAAAUUUUGAUUCUGUUGUGUCACCCGAUAUUUUGUCUUUUUUAUGUGUGAUGAACUACGAAAAUGGUCGCAAGUGUUUAGAUACGUUUAAUGAAAGGAAACGGUUGUUUGUUAGAGAUGGCACAUUUUACGAAUCCGAACUAAUUGCAUAUCAAACUACAAUAAAAAUGACCCACAAAGAAUGUUUCGACAACGGAAUUAAAAAGCCACGUAUUUCAUUGAAACACUCACUGCUUAACGCAGAUUUUGGCAUUGGAACUGAUCAUGCACUUUUACAAGAAAGCGCUAUUGAAUUGGAAACACUUUUCAUUAGCAACUAUUCAUUUACUACAGCAAUAGACCAGAACUUUUUCUCAAAUUCAUUGGUGCACUUACUGGUAGACGAUGUUAAGUUUCGCGAUGACCAUAUCGUACUUUCGAAAUGUACACAUCUCUCAUCAUUAACUAUAGAGAACACCCGUCUGUCCCGCGUUACCAUCAAUCCGUCUUCCCUAGAGAUGUUCUGGGUUUACGUGAGGCCUGAAAUGAUACAAGAAAUACCGCCCAUGAAGUUGACCUUUGUUGGCGGGUCGCAAUUCUCUUCCAACCUAAAAAAACUCAGUCUAGUGCACGUGAUCAUGGAUGCUCCCCUUGAUUUGGCAAAUUGUCCGCAAUUACAGAAAUUAGUUAUGAAAAAUACCUCAUCCGAUUCUGUAACAGGUAUAUGCGUUGUACGUAGCAUGCAACGUUGUGAUGCACUUCAGGAACUGCAGCUUGACACAUUGACCUUCCCUGCAGAUACGCACCUGGAUCUCAGUGAAUUAACGUGUUUGACUGAUAUAUCAUUGGUAAGAUUAACGACGGAUAUAACCGUUCAGUUUCCACAAAAUGUGCAUGAAAUAUUCAUAGACGGUGUAACCUUUUGCAAAAAUACACACCUGGAUCUCAGCGGGCUCGUACAUCUCUCAACGAUAUAUAUACAGAAUACCCGUCUGUCCCACGUAACCAUCAACCCAUCUUGUCUAGAGGAGUUCUGGGUUUACGUGAAGCCUGAACUAAUACAAGAAAUACCGCCCGUGAAGUUGUCCUUUGUUGGCGGGUCGCAAUUCUCUUCCAAUCUAAAAAUACUCAGCUUAGUGCACGUGACCAUGGAUGUUCCCCUUGAUUUGGCAAAUUGUCCGCAAUUACAGCAAUUAGGUAUGGGAAAUACCUCAUCCGAUUCUGUAACAGGUAUAUGCGUUGUACGUAGCAUGCAACGUUGUGAUGCACUUCAGAAACUGCGGCUUGGCACAUUGACCUUCCCUGCAGAUACUCACCUGGAUCUCAGCGGUCUCACACAUCUCUCAAACAUAUAUAUACAGAACACCCGUCUGUCCCGCGUAACCAUCAACCCGUCUUCCCUAGAGGAGUUCUGGGUUUACGUGAGGCCUGAACUGAUACCAGAAAUACCGCCCGUGAAGUUGUCCUUUGUUGGCGGGUCGCAAUUCUCUUCCAAUCUAAAAGAACUCAGCUUAGUGCACGUGACCAUGGAUGUUCCCCUUGAUUUGGCAAAUUGUCCGCAAUUACAUACAUUAGUUAUAGAAAAUACCUCAUCCGAUUCUGUAACAGGUAUAUGCGUUGUACGUAGCAUGCAACGUUGUGAUGCACUUCAGAAACUGCGGCUUGUCAAAUUGACAUUCCCUGCAGAUACUCACCUGGAUCUCAGCGGUCUCACACAUCUCUCAAACAUAACUAUACAGAAUACCCGUCUGUCCCGCGUAACCAUCAACCCGUCUUGUCUAAAGAAGUUCUGGGUUUACGUGAAGCCUGAACUGAUACCAGAAAUACCGCCCGUGAAGUUUUCCUUUGUUGGCGGGUCCAAGUUCUCAAGCAAACUUACGAUGCUAAGCUUAACGAUUGCUGUGAAAAAGGUUGAAUUUGAAGAGGUGAAAAUAGUUAAAGCCCAGCAGCUUGUAACCUUACUGACAUGUACAGAGCCUAUUCAAGCCUCAGACAAUGCUGCAGGCGGAAUGGUCGAACUGCCUGUCGGGCUCCGUGUAUCAGAUAUCAGUUUCUCUGAUUGUCCUGUUCUGGGUGCAACAAAAGAGGAAUUAGAUUCGGCGAUUGAAUGUUUACGACGGGUUUGGGAGAUCAAGGAAGUCAAGAUAGAAACACAGCAGUCUAGCAUUUCCAACACCGUCUGCGGUGAAGACAUUAUUAGCGAGAAUCACAUUGUGUUGAAGAGUUUGCAGAUGAAAUCAAAUUAA